UUGAUGCGGGUGUAGAUGCAGGUGUUGAUGCAGGUGUGGUUGUGUUCUCAGUGUAUUGAAGGGGAGAACACGUGGAGGGACCUGAUGAAGACCGCUCUCGAGAACCUCAUUGUGGUUUUAAAGGACGAGAACACCAUUUCUCCGUAUGAGAUGUGUAGCAGCGGCCUGGUCCAGGCUCUGUUCACCGUCCUCAACAACAGCGUUGAACUGGACCUGAAACAUGACUGUAAGCCUUUGAUGGAGAGGAUCAACGUCUUCAAGGCGGCUUUCAGCGAGAACGAAGACGAUGAAAGCCGGCCCGCUGUUGCCUUAAUCCGCAAACUGAUCGCAGUCCUGGAGUCGAUAGAACGUCUACCUCUGCACCUGUACGACACGCCAGGCUCCUCCUACAACCUGCAGAUCUUGACGAGGAGGCUGCGGUUCCGUCUGGAGCGAGCGCCCGGCGAGACGGCGCUGAUCGACCGAACGGGCCGCAUGCUGAAGAUGGAGCCGCUCGCCACCGUGGAGUCUCUGGAGCAGUACCUGCUGAAGAUGGUGAGGACACACAGGCCAGAAUCACUCGGAGUACAGAUUA